AUGUCAACCGUUUUGGAGAGUUGUCGUCAUUUCUGUGAAGUAUAUCUAGAUGACAUCGUAAUAUUUUCUAAAACGGCAGAAGAACAUCUUGAUCAUGUAUAUAAAGUUUUACAAUGUUUACGCCAGAACAACACGAAGCUCAAUCCACCCAAAUGCUCAAUCGCACAACCCAAAAUAGACUAUCUCGGGCAUAGCAUCACGGCUACAACCAUUUCUCCUCUGAAUGAAAAAAUUAAUGCUAUUUUAAAAUUACAAGAGCCACGUACAUUGAAAGAAGCAAAUCGAUUUAUUGGCGCUAUCGCAUGGUAUCGUAAAUUCAUUAAACGAUUUGCUGAAGUUGCUGCACCAAUUCAUUCAGUCACAAACUUGACGAAGAAAACCCGGCAUAAAUUCAGAUGGGGAGAUGAUCAGUUCUUGGCCUUCCACCAAUUGAAAAAUAUGCGAACGACCGCACCCUUAUUGUUACAGUUUUCGAUUGAAGGAAAACCGUUAAUACUCAGUACCGACGCAUCCGAUGUAGGCAUCGGAGGGGUAUUACAGCAAGAAAUCGAUGGCUAA